CAUUUACUACUAUAUCAGCAAGCUAGUUCUGCAUUAUUAAUUAUUUAUUUAUAUCUGAAAUUAAGAAGGAUAAAUCUUCUCAUGGCUCAUGCUGCUUGUAGUUUCAUACAAAUGCCACUGCUGCGAACAACCAAUUAUAAAUCUUCUCCUAAAAAACCUAUGACUAUUACUAUAACAUGUUCCAACCAUAUAUAUAAAGGAAAAAGAGGUGAAAGAAGCAGAAAUGGAGGGUAUGGACCUGGCCCACAGACGAAUAGCAUUAAACUCCAAAGCACAACAACGACAAGAAAUCUUCAACUUGACAACAUUUAUGCUACAUCAACGUUGAGUAAUGUUAACGAUCAAGAUGAUCACAACGCAAGUAGUCCUAAAAGGAUUGCCAACUUAGAUUAUCAUUAUGAAAUAUGAAUUGAGUGUGCAUGUAGUGUUAUUUUUGACGAAAUAGUCACCAUGAUAUCAACAAGUUGUAAUUAUUAAUGAUACAAAGGUGUCAAAGAAUGUAUUUACAGAAUAACAAUACAAG